CUCAGUCACUCACUUUGACGCUGCCCUCGUGUCUCUUUGAGGUAUUCAAGUUCCACACACAAACACACAGCACCACUCACAGUAAAAAAAUAAAAUGGCUAUAUUAUCUACGGGACCCACUACUUGUGGUGCAAUGGAACUAGCUGCUGCCUUUCCUACCCGACGUGACUGUGUUCAUCUCGAGAGUUUGAGUUUCCAGUCGCGGCCGCAACGUUGGUUUGGAUACAAGAAACGUAAUGUAGACGCUUCAGGACGGUCGUUGAGGAUGAUUUCGAAUGGUUAUGUCGGGAGAGGUACUUACAGGGUGAAGAAGGAUAGUUAUGAUGAUAAGAUAUAUAGGAGGCUUGACUCUUGUUUGGUCAUUCCUCCGCCCAAAGGAAAGAAGCCGAAAGCAAUCAUCAAGUUCCUUGGUGGUGCCUUUAUAGGAGCAAUUCCUGAAGUUACCUAUAGCUAUCUUCUUGGGCUAUUGGCAAACGAAGGCUAUCUUAUUAUCUCGGUACCAUAUAAUGUGACUUUUGAUCACUCACAAGCUACUAGAGAAGUUUUUGAGAGAUUUAAUUCUUGCUUGAGUUCGUUGUUGACAUAUGGACUGCCCAAUGACGAGAUACUAGCAGCUGAACUUGCUGAUCUCCCUCUUUAUUCUGUUGGUCAUAGUAAUGGUGCCUUACUCCAAGUACUCACUGGAAGCUAUUUCUUGGAGAAGAUACCAAAGGCCAAUGCCAUAAUAUCAUACAAUAACAGGCCAGCAACAGAGGCAGUACCCUAUUUCGAGCAGUUAGGUCCUUUAGUAAGCCAGUUGAUGCCUGUUGUGGAAGCAUCUCCUGUUUCUUCUGUGGCUAAGAGUGCUGCAGAUGCAUGGAAAGCUCUUCUUGAUACAGCUGAAGCAGUGGUACCUGAUUACGAUCACGAAGCUAGGGUUUCUUUGGACAAAUUUGUUGAUCAGUUGCCUUCAGUUUUUGGUCAGGUUGCUCAAGGAAUAUCAGAAUUCAAGCCAACACCAAAUGAGAACCGAGAAUGUUGCAAGAACUCAUAUAAUGUCCAGAAAACACUCCUGGUGAAAUUUAAUACUGAUGCCAUCGAUGAGACAGAUCUCCUUGAGGAUUCUUUGAGGCCUCGUGUGGAAGCUAUAGGUGGAACACUGGAGAAAGUGUCAUUGAGUGGUAAUCAUAUCACACCAUGCAUCCAGGAACCAAAACUGCAAGCAGGUGAUGUAUACACUCCAGCCGAUGCGAUUGCACAACGACUCAAGGCUCUUUCGCUAUACGAGACUAAAAUUCUUGCCAGAACCAUUUCAGACUGGUUUAACAACAUCAACUGACAAAGUAAGUUGCCAGAUUCAGAAUGUUCAUACUAAACUUGGUUCAACCAAAUUGGUGGAGCUUUUUGUUGUGAAUUUUUGAUUUUAUGUUGUAUAUUUUACUAAAGAAACACUAGUCUUGUCUGCGAUGAGUACAUAUACAAUAGCAAUAAUUUUAAUGCCACUGUAUUUUAUAAUC